AGACAGCCUCAGCUGCGUCAGAAAGCUCCCCCUCUGGCAGACAAGCAGUCUCUGAGUUGAACUGUGCGGUUUCAAGUCAGGAAUCCAGACGGAACUACAGCUCCCAGGAGCCUGGGCGCUGCCCCGCCAGCCUGGAGGCGGGCGGAAGCGCAGAAGCGCGGGUGCACGAGGAAGUGGCGCCCGUCCCGGCCCAGGGCUGGAGCUGCUGCGGGGAGAUGGAGUUCUCCCAGCUGCUCUUCGUGAUCAGCGAGGCGCUGGACAGGACUGAGCUGGCAGCUCUGAAGUUUCUCAGCCUGGAGCACGUCACUGUAAGGAAGCGGGAAGAUAUUGAGGAGCCCAAGGCCUUCUUCCAAGCAUUACAAGAGAAAGGGAUGAUCGAGGUGGGGGACUUGUUCUUCUUGAAGGAGCUGCUCUACCGGAUCAAUCGGAUAGACCUUCUGGCUUCCCACCUGGGCUCCAGCCGAGAGGAGAUGGAGAGGGAGCUCCAGGUCCCAGGCAGAGCACGGGUGUCUCCAUUCAGGUAUCUGCUCUUUCAGCUGUCAGAAAACAUCACCAAAGAUGACAUGAAGUGUUUCAAGUUUCUUUUGGGAAAAGAAUUACCAAAAUGCAAGCUAAGCCCUGAAACUACAAUGCUCGACGUUUUCAUUGAGAUGGAGAAGAAGGGGAUUUUGAGAGAAGACAACUUAACUGUCCUGAAGACUAUUUGUGGAAAAGUGGACAAGAGCCUGUUGAAGAAAAUUGAAGAGUGUGGAUUAAACUCAUUUGGUGAAGGAGAGAUGCUUGUAACAGAGGGGCAAGGAAGCAGCACCGGAGCCCCUGAAGACAGUGCCAUAUGGCUGGCAUCAUCUGUGGCACCCAAUUCUCUGGGCAACUAUGAUCAGACUUCACAGCUUGAAGUUUAUAAAAUGACCAGCCGACCCCGUGGAGUUUGCCUGAUCCUGAAUAAUCACAAUUUUGCAAAAGCCAGGGAAGCAGUGCCAGAACUCAGAAAGAUGAAAAAUCGGAAUGGGACAGAUGUGGAUGCAGAUGCUCUGAGAAAAGUCUUUAGCAACCUUCAUUUUACAGUAGAAGUAUACAGAGACUGCACUGCAGAGGAAAUCCGUAAGAUAGUGAACAACUAUCGGUGCAUGGAUCACAACAACGAAGACUGUUUUGUUUGCUGUAUUCUCUCUCAUGGAAAAAAAGGCAUCAUAUAUGGUGUUGAUGGGCAGGAAGUACCUAUCCAGGAACUGACCACUUCUUUCACUGGGCAAAAUUGCCAAUCACUUGCUGGAAAACCAAAAGUCUUCUUUGUUCAGGCCUGCCAGGGUGAUGCUUAUCAGAAGGGUGUAACCGUUGAAACAGAUUCCGGGGAGCAAGAUCAUUCUCUAGAAACAGAUGCAAGAUUUCAGCUGGACUGCAUCCCCUCAGAGGCAGACUUCCUCUUGGGCAUGGCUACCCUGCAAGACUAUGUCUCCUACAGAAGCCCAAGCCAGGGGACCUGGUAUAUACAGUCACUGUGCCAACACUUGGAGAACAGCUGUCCUCGAGGAGAAGAUAUUCUCACCAUACUGACAGCAGUGAAUCAAGAGGUGAGCAGCAAGAUUGACAAGCAGAAUGCAGGAAAGCAAAUGCCACAGCCCAGUUUCACACUGAGGAAAAAACUCAUAUUUCCUGUAAACUAAAUGGGAGCAGAGGCAGAGAGCAGUGCAGUAAUCUGAGAACCACUUAUCUCAGCUGAGAAUUCAGUAAAACAUCAGUCUGCUCCUAGCAGAAUAUAUGAAUGUUUUUAUUGAUAACAGAUAAGGAAUAAAUGCUUUAUGAAUGUAAAAGUUAA